CGUGCGGUCAUAACUUUGGGCAGCGCGCGCUUAGUAUCGGCUGCGCGCGAGCGGCGGAGCAUCAGGGUUAUGAAUGUGGAUCUAUCCGCCCUGUUCUGUUCGGGCAUCGUUCGGUCCCACACCGAGGACGUGAUAUUAACGGCAGAAAGUGCGAUACAGCCGUGACAGUAUGCGUUCUCUUUUCGGUCAGUUGAAUCCCCUGCUUGUCCUCAUUCUCUCCGGACUAUAUCCAUCAAUGACGAUUGGUCCAAAGGAGGGAUGGCAGGUGUACAGUUCGGCACAGGAUGCUGACGGGCGCUGUAUCUGCACUGUGGUCGCACCGGAACAAAACCUGUGCUCCAGGGAUGCCAAGAGCAGACAGCUUCGACAGCUGCUGGAGAAGGUGCAGAACAUGUCACAGUCCAUUGAAGUUCUGAACCUGCGGACACAGCGAGAUUUUCAGUACGUCAUGAAAAUGGAAAAUCAAAUGAAAGGGUUGCGGACUAAGUUCCGGCAAAUCGAAGAAGACAGGAAAACCACAAUGGCUAGAAAUUUUAAGGAGCUUAAGGACCGCAUGGAUGAACUCCAACCAUUGAUUCCUGUGCUAGAGCAGUACAAAACAGAUGCUAAACUGAUCUCUCAGUUCAAAGAGGAAAUCAGGAAUCUGUCUAUGGUGCUCGCAGGCAUCCAGGAGGAGCUGGGUGCUUACGACUAUGAGCAGCUCUAUCAGAGAGUCAUCAGUCUGGACAGCCGUCUGCGAAACUGCAUGAGCAAACUCACAUGUGGAAAAUUAAUGAAAAUCAACGGCCCUGUAACAAUAAAGACAUCUGGCACACGGUUCGGCGCAUGGAUGACCGACCCACUCGCUUCAUCACGAAACAACAGGAUUUGGUACAUGGACACCUACACUAACAGCAAGGUGGUCAGGGAGUACAAGAACAUCGAUGACUUUGUCUCUGGAUUGGAGUCAAGAACCUAUUACCUCCCAUUCAAGUGGGCUGGAACCAACCAUGUGGUCUACAACGGCUCUUUGUAUUACAACAAGGAACAAAGCAACAUCAUCGUGAAAUAUAGUUUCGAGACCGGCAGGGUUCUUGCACAACGUGCCCUGGAAUAUGCCGGCUUCCACAACGUCUAUCCGUACACCUGGGGCGGCUUCUCGGACAUUGAUCUGAUGGCCGACGAGCUGGGUUUGUGGGCCGUGUACGCCACCAAUCAGAACGCGGGGAAUAUUGUCAUUUCUCAGCUGGAGCCUCAAACGCUCGAGGUUCUCCAGACUUGGAACACGGAGUACUCCAAGCGGAACGCGGGCGAGUCUUUUAUGAUCUGUGGAACCCUCUACAUCACCAACUCCCACCUGACCGGAGCGAAGGUGUAUUAUUCGUACAACACAAAGACGUCCACGUACGAGUACAUAGACAUCCCGUUUCACAACCAGUACUUCCACAUCUCCAUGCUCGAUUACAACGCACGAGAGAGAGCGGUGUACGCUUGGAACAAUGGACACCAGGUCAUAUUUAACGUAACGCUUUUUCACGUCAUCAAAACCGAAGACGAUUCCUAAUGGACAUGAUAUGAAAGGUUAGAGACUUUUUGAAUGAAUGCUGUUAUUUUCUACUCAUCCAUGGAUCUUUUCCCAAAGCAAUUAGUUUACCAUAACUGUGCCACAGACUGAGCUUUGUUUGGCUCUGAUGACAUGCAAAGUUGACGAUGACAUCACAAGCCGAUUAUGAAGUGUUUUUAUUCGUCUUCAGUAGCUGCUUUGACUAGGCCUUAACCGCAAUAUUUCUCUACGUGAGCCACAGACUGACUCUAGUCUGUGACACAGACUGAUUUCUCUACGUGAGCUCUACUGCAUGAAUAUCAGAUUUUUCGAUCAUUUGUUAUCGACUUACAGUGUACAUCCCUUAAGUGACGUAAAGAUUUGAAUUUCCCCUUACCGGUAGUGUUGUGUCGAGUUGUACAAACGUAGAGAUCUGAGUAUGAACUUGUGUAAGCAACUGUACCUUCAUUGUCACUGUGAGAGGAAAUAUUUGAUAUUAAACCUAGAACAAAACCAAGAAUGAAUAAAUGAACGAAUGAAGCUGUAAAUCUACAUCCAGCUUUACCAACGCCGGAGAAAAAAGGCGUGAUGCGAGGGAAUUUCAGACCCGAAUCACGGAGGUUAUAAUGAGGUCUGAUGAUUUGUCACUGAUGAUUGUGACAAACUCGACCGCAGUCGCGUUCUCGUUCAUUUACGGGUUGCCCUUGAUGACUCUGAAUGCUGUCCUCUGGCACUUUCAAUCAAGAUCAAGGGCACGAGAGCUGGGGCAAGCACGAUUCCAACUCCUCUGCAAUUUCCUCUCCCUUCAUGUCUGUGUCGGUCUCCCUGUCUACGUUAUUGAAAUGCACAUUUACAACCAUUAAUUCAGCAUUGGGUAUAGAUCGCCCCAUAGGGAUUUAC